GACCGGUCCGCCUUUUGUUGCAAGCUUCUCAGCAAGUCGCCACCUUGCCGCCGAGUCGGUCACCUUGGUAAUUGCAUAAUAUCAUCUUGAACUUACUCACAGGAACCGUGCUGACAACUUAUUGACCUGGGUGCAAGCUCAGGACAGUAGCGCCCUCGUAACAACUUGCAGCAACCACCGCUAACCUUACUUGUCGACCCAACAAAUACCAACUACUUAUUAGACUCUACUGAUCGACAAAUUGUACAAGCAGAGCGGUCUCUCUUGGGCCAGAUAGGUCAUCAGCACCGAUUGUCGCCGCGGAGAGACGAACCGUUAGUGGAGCUGGUGCUUUGCAUACCCUCUUGUUGAAGCUAAUCAUAGUCUUCAAUGGACCACACGGCGGCUUGCUAGUUUGGCGAGCACACAUCGCCUCGCUUGCUCACCGGUGACUGGGGUUAUUCCCAGUACUGCGGUGACAUAUCAAGUGUCAUGACAGCUGAAGUUUCAGCGCAUUGCCGAAGGCCGUGUCCAUUCGAGGGCGAGGGCCCUUCAGGCGGUACACCUGGCCACGCCUCAGCCCAGCCCGCCUGCGCAGCGGGCCGCGGAGCCCAGCCUCGCCAGCGGCGAAUGCCGGCGCGGGGACUGACCCUGGCGCUGCUGCUGGCGGCAUGCCUGGUAGCAACUCCGUUUGCAACUGCUAUGGAGCUAAAACCCCAGCAGCAGCGGGAGCUGCAGGGCUCAAAGGCCCAGCUAGAGGAGGAGCAGUCGCUCCUGGUGGUAGUAGCCGCCGCGGGGGGCACCGUGUCAACUGCCAACACGGCGGCAGCGUCCCACCAACAGCACCAGCAACAUCACCACCAUAGGCGGGUGCUGUCGGAUGGGAGUGCUGCUGGCAGCAGUGGCGGGCGGGUGCAGUGGCCGCUGUCCCAGUCCGACCUGGGAGUUGCGGCGACCGCCCCGCGCCACCUGCGGGAAGGCAGCAGCGGCAGGAGCAGCGCCGGUCGCAGCAGCGGCAGGAGCAUUAGUACUGGUGGCGGCAGCAGCGUCAGAAGCAGCGGCCUGGACGGGUGGUUCGGCCUGCCGGGAGAGCUGAUGCGGCGGGCGCUGGGCUGGACGUCGGUGGCGGAGGAGGACGUGGCGAAGGCACAGGAUUUACUGGCGACGACCGGAGGUGUGGGCGGCGGCGGCUUGGAGGAGGCAGCUAUGCGGCGAGCAGCACAGGAGGGGCAAGCACCACCGCCGCCACGGCGCCGCCGCGUGCCAGUGCCGGACGGCGGCGGCACCCUUCUGUCACUGCCUCCGCCCGAAGUCCUGCAAAGCCCGCCACCGCCGCCGCCGCCGUCACCGCAGCCGCCUUCCCCGCCGCCGCCGGAUGUACCGCCCCCACCCGGAGCGCCGCCGCCACCGGAGCAGAACAACAAUGUGCCGGAGGACUCGCCGCUGCCUCCAGGUCUGCCGCCGCCACCGGAUGUGCCGCCGCCACCGGAUGUGCCGCCACCUCCGCCGAAACCACCCAAAAAGCGUGGCAAGUCGCCGCCACCGGAGGCCAAGCGGUCGCCGCCGCCGUCGCCGCCGCCGCGGCCCUUGCCACCGCGGCCCUCGCCGCCGCGGCCCUCGCCGCCGCGGCCCUCGCCGCCGCGGUCUUCUCCCAAGCCCGUGAUUGCCCCGCAGCAGGAGUCCUCACCACCGCCCUCGCCCUCGCCGCCCUCGCCCUCGCCGCCCUCGCCCUCGCCGCCGCCACCGCCCUCCCCGCGGCCGCGGUCGCCAGCGCGGCAGCCGCCGUCCCCGCCGCCGCCUCAGGCGCCGUACUCUCCCGCGCCGCCGACGCAGCCUCAGUGGCCGCCGCUGUCGCCCAACCCGCCGCCGGGCCGGGUGCUGCCGCCCAACAACGUCCCGGAGGACCUGCUGGUCACUGGCAGGUACAUCCGCGCCGGCACCAGCAUGAUCGUGGCUGUGCACAUGACCUCUGUGCCCGGCACGGACCGCUUCCUGUUCAUGGAGCGGCCCAGCGGCUACCACCCGGACGGCUCAAACACCAUCGCCGGCUUCUUCGACGUGCCCACGGGCGGCUGGACGCACAUCAAGAGCCCCGACGGGCUCUUCUGCUGUGGCCACACGCUGCUGGACAGCGGGGACGUGCUCAUCGUGGGAGGGCACCAGGCCAACGCCGGCUACCCCGACGGCAUGAAGUCCAUCCGCACCUUCAACCGCUCAUGCACGGACCUGCAGCUGCGCAAACUGAGGGAGAUGAAUUGGCGCCGGUGGUACCCCUCCGCCACGCUGCUGCCGGACGGCCGUGCCCUGGUCAUGGGCGGCACGCAGGGCGUGGGCGCCGGCACCGCCAACAACCCCUUCUGGGAGAUCUACGACUGGGCCACCAACGGGCUGCAGCAGUUCGCCAUGCGGCCCGGGUACCUGGACUCAGCCAACCAGGUCUACUACCCCUUCAACUACGUGCUGCCCUCCGGCCUGCUGUUCACCUUCUGCGGCCGCGCCGGCUUCAUCCUGGACUGGAACACCAACACCUGGCGCCAGCCCGUGCCGCGGCUGCGCGGCUACGCCACCACCCAGUUCCCCUACACCGGCACCAGUGUCAUGCUGGGUCUGUACCCGGAGAACAACUACCAGGUUGAGAUCAUGCUGUUUGGCGGUCAGAAGGAGGCGGCCAACAAGGACCUCAGCCUGAGGGCCAACCGCGGCGCCAACCGCCUGAAGCUGUACUGGGACCCCGCCAUCUCCAACUACACCUUUGACGGCUGGGCGGAGGAGAUGAUGACCAUAAGCCGCGUCAUGCCCGACUCGGUGCUGCUGCCCAACGGCCAGGUGGUGGUGCUCAACGGCGCGCAGACGGGCCUGGCGGGCGACAGCGCCAGUGGCGGUGACAGCCGGGCCGACUACCCGGUGCUUUACGCGGAGCUGUACGACCCGGACGCGCGGCAGGGGCAGCGCUUCACGCAGCUGGGGUGGACGCAGAUCCCGCGCAUGUACCACUCCACGGCCUGCCUCACCACCAACGGCACCAUCAUUGUGGCGGGCUGCGACCGCUGCUACAGAUACACGGUCAACGACGGCUGGGACUACGUCGCCAGUCCCGCCAAGGCCGAUUACCGGGUGGAGCUCUUCCAGCCGCCCUUCUUCUUCAUGGACAACCUGAAACCCGCCAUCGUCUCUAUCCAGUCCGACAAAAUGGCCUACGGCGGAACCUUCCGCAUCACCUACGCCUUCCCAUCCGUGGUCGGCGGCGGCCCCGGCGGCGCGCCGCUGACAUUCAACGGCCAGCCCAGCCUGCCCAACGGCGUCGGCAACGGCAACAACAACCAGCUGCGCAUCACGCGCGCGGUGCUGGUGGCGCCGUGCUCCUGCACACACUCGUUCAACACGCACCAACGGCUGGUGGGGCUGGAGAUCCUGAGCGACAACGCUGCCACGGGGGCGCUGGUGGUGCGCGGCCCGCCCGACAUCUACACUGCGCCGCCCGGCAUGUACAUGCUGUUCCUGCUGAACGGGCCCGUGUACUCGCGCGCGAGCUGGGUGCUGCUGCAGCGGCCGUGAGCAAGCGGCCGCAAGGCGGGGGAGGCACGCUGGUGGCUGCAGCUGGCUGUAGCAGGGCACUGGCGGGAGAGGGAGGGGCAUUUGGGGAGGGGCGUGAGGCAGUAGCAGGGAAGCGAUGUAGUGUGCGGCUGUGUGGGAUGACAGCGGAUGAAGCACGUGGAGCUGGACCUGCACGCGCCGCGUGGUUUGAGCGGGGUUGGGCAAGGCAGGUGGUUGGGUUUAAUUACUGUGUCGGGCUCUGGCGCAUGUUGGCAGCCGUAGAGAGAUGCCGUGAAGUACGGUAGUUGGGGUAUAAUGCAGGAGUGGCGCGAGCUCGGGGAAAACCCAAGUAACACAAGCAUGUGUUUAUCUUUGUCGGGCGUGCUGUUUAGCCGGGGGCUGCAGGAAGCGUGCGCGGCGACCAGCACUGUACCGUACCUGUGGGCGUCAUUGUCCCCCUUUUAGUGUUUUCCCUCUUUGUCUUGCUUUCUAUUUCUAAUGUGGCAUGCUAGGAUGUACUUGGGAUUAGUCCGGUAACACGCACGACAUGCAUGACGCACUGCAAAGCACCGGGAGCCGGGCGGCAUAGGGCAUUACAGCCUUGAUGGCCCUUGGCGUGCUUGAGCUGAUAGCGCAGAUUUUGUUGGUAUCUAAUGCGGUGGCCAGAUGGCAAUGAAACUGGAAAGCCUGUGCAUGGGACACGUGUGUGGGAUGACUCUAGCUGUCUAGCAUUGGUUGUGAUCCAGUGCUGCACACGGGUGCUGCAGGGUAGUGCUGCUUGUAGUUAUCGACGUGCGUUGCGGAACUAAUGCGUACGUAGACCAGAGCGGAAGGCGGGGUUGCGGGCGCAAACAUUCUCUUGAGACGGCAAACGUGGCGUGGUGUGGUGCGUGACUGCAUGCAAACAAUUGUGCAAAGAAGAAACAUGCGGCGCCUGUCAUCGGCUGCCCAGUUGUCCAGAGUUGUCAUACGUGUUCUCUGUUGUAAUUCAUACCCGAU